CUAUCGCACUCAUCUGCCAUACCUAACGGCACGCACUACAUUUUUUCGUACUUGUUUGGUUAAAUUUUAUUACCUACAGAAGGCCAGCAAAUUGAACAGCAAUGGGUAAACGGCGGACGCAAUCCCUGAUCGACUCCAAUUCCAGUGAUAGCGACAGCGAGUCGGAGACCAAUCUGGAAUCGGACCUGAUGUCGUUGGCCAAGAAACGCAAGAAGCCCCAAACGGCGGCUAAAUCAAGUUCACGCUCCGACUCCGAUUCCGACUGGGCCAACAACAAAGCCGGAGCCCCCGCCUCCAAGAAGAAGAAGCGUCAGAAGGCGAGCAGGGACUCCAGCUCGUCGGAGUCAAAUUGGGAUGACGACAGCCAAGAUGAGGAGCCGCAGGCGAGGCAAAGUCCUGCCCAGGCGCAAGCGGAGCAAAAGCCGCCUGCGGAGGCUGCCAAGCCCGCCCAACUCAGCGAGCAUGAGGAGGGCGAGGUGUCCGACAGCGAUUCCGACAAGUCCAAAUCGAACUCCUCCUCUUCAGGGUCUGAUUCCUCUAGCUCCUCGUCCUCCAGCUCCGAUUCGGAGUUCGAUGACGGCUUCGACGACGACCUAAUGGGCGACGAAGAGGAUCGAAGGCGACUCAAUGGUCUGUCCGAAAAGGAGCGUGAAACGGAGAUCUACAAGCGCAUUGAGCAGCGCGAGAUCAUGCGCACGCGCUGGGAAAUCGAGAGAAAACUAAAGUUGGCCAGGCGUGGCGAGAAGAACCAGGAGAAGUCCAAGAACAAGGGAGAACGGGCCAAGAAAAAGAAGGAGAAGCGCGAGAAAAGGGCAAAGAAGGCCAGGGAAUCCCAAGCGCCUGCGCCACUACCAGCUUCGAUAUCCACGCUAUCGGAUGCGGAGACCAAACCCAGCAUUGAUGUGCGGUCCGCGAGUCCCUUGUCCUCGCCCGCUCUCAACAGAGAUGUGGCUUCCACUUCGGCGGCGGUGGCCAGUAUUCUGCCCGAUGAUCAGGCAGCUGCCGCUGGCGUAUCCGAUUACUUCGAUCACAAGGAGCGAUCCAAGGAGCGAAAGAAGAACGUGGAGGCCAACAAGACGGACGACAAGCGGAGCAAUGCCAUGGCCUUGUUAAAAGCCAAGCGUGAGGGCAAGGCCAAAAGGGAGGAGGAAGAAGCCAAGCGCCUGGCUGAACGAGAUCGUGAUGACGAUAAGGAAGAACUGGAGAGCGUCUCCGGCUGCAAAUCGGCCGUGAAACUGAAAGCCUCUGAGAUUUACUCGGACGACUCGGGCAGCAGCGAUUGGGAUGAAGAUGAGAAGCCCACGGGAAAGCGGUCGCGUUCCAACAGCAGCAAGGCUUCCAGCGAGUCCGAGGACGACGAGAAGGUUCCCCAGAGACCUGUAUUCAUAACCACACGCGAGGAUCUGAACAAGCUGCGACUGUCGCGCUACAAAAUGGAGCGUUUUGUUAACUUGCCAAUCUUUGAGAGCACCGUACUCAACUGCUUUGUGCGAAUUAGCAUUGGGAACAAUGGACAGAAGCCCGUGUAUAGGGUGGCAGAGAUUGUGGGCGUGGUGGAGACGGGCAAGAUCUACAGCCUGGGCACCACGCGUACCAACCGCGGACUGAGACUCAAGCACGGAACACAGGAGCGGGUGUUCCGGUUAGAGUUCAUUUCGAACCAGGAGUUCACCGAGAACGAGUUCAACAAGUGGAACGAAGUGUGCCAGCAGUCGCAGGUUCAGAUGCCCACAAUCGACCUGAUCGCCAUUAAGCAAAGCGACAUCAAGAAGGCGCUAAACUACGAGUUCAAGGACGAGGACGUGGACAAGAUUGUGGAGGAGAAGAACCGCUUCCGCAACCGACCCACCAACUAUGCGAUGAAGAAGACCUGUCUGAUGAAGGAGCGCGAUGCGGCCAUGCUGAGGGGUGACUACGACAUUGCCCAGGAUCUGGGCCAGCAGAUCGACGAGCUGGAGAACCGUGCCUCUGAGCUGGACAAGAGGAGAUCGCAUACCCUCAAUCUUAUCUCCUACAUAAACGAUCGCAAUCGGAAGAAAAACGUGGAGGAUGCCGAGAAGGCGAUUCUAGAGGAGGCUCGGGCAAACAAGGGCCUCAAGAUCUCCGAUCCCUUCACGCGUCGGAUCACUCAGCCGCGCAUGGGUUUCAAGGGUGCCAAGAAGGACGACGAUGACAUGCAGCUGGCACCACUGCCACCGCCGCCCCCAGGAAAAAAGAGGCCCAACGAAGCGGGUACUUCGAAUGCCAGCGCUAAGCCCACGGACUCCAAGGAUUACAGUCUGUACUCACUGCAUGACUUUGACAUCGACUUGGAUGUGCCGCUACCGGUUAGUACGAAUUCUGUGCCCAAACCGGCAAACAAACCAGCUGAAACAGUCUCCAAGCGUUCGUUGAAUUUGGAGGAUUACAAGAAGAAGCGCGGCCUAAUCUAGGAAAUGUAUUGACAAAGCCUCACAUGUUAACGUCCUAGUUUAGUGUAGUGUCCAAAUGACUACAGCAAACAUUUGUUAAUGCCACGACGACUCGCCCAACAAAAGGAGCAUAAAGAUGAAUGGUUUACAGUUACAGUUCAUAAUUGUAUUUUUAGGUUGACAAAGAAUGUUUUGAAUUAGAUCAGGCAUAGCGAAGGAUUGUCUAUAUUUUAUCAAAAUUAAACUCUUCGAGUAUACUUCCUUGUUUGUGUUUGUUCGGUAACACUUUUAUGAUUAAAUUUUUAGUGAAAUUAUACAAGCAGCACAAACAACCGCGGCAGCAAUAUCGAACAUUUAUAAUUCUUAUGCAAAUAAGGGACUCAUUAAGUAAUAUUUAUAGAUUGAUAAAGCUCUAUUAUAAUAUUAAUAGAAUUUAAGUUGAAAAUUGUAUUACGAAAAUAGAUUUCCAGCCCAACCCAUCCCAAUUAUUCUCGACGAGAUGUUUAAUAAAUUAACAACUAACAUAAUUUAUACAGAAUUAGUUUACAGCAAAAACUCAAUUGUUUACUCAGGCAAAUGGCAAGUGUGAAGGAGGAGAUUCCAGGGAGAAUUCCAGGCUGAUUAAAUGAAAUAUGAGCAUAGAAUGAGCGUGUAUUCGUUGGUUGUAACCGUUCAAUGCUGUAUUAGCUUUAGGCGAAAUUCAUCAAUUGUGGCAACAGCAUUCAUAUACUUAAUUAUACACAAAUAAUAAUUAUUUAUAAUAAAGAAAACAACUAUAAAGUGCA